ACUUCCUCAAAAAUGAUCUGAGGCAAGAUCUAUCUGCAAUGAAGGAUAUGGCAAGACAUUUACCGGCUAUGAGAAAUAUUUAUGUGCAAUAUGACAUGAAGGGAAAGAUAUUCAGAAGAGCAGAAAUGGACCACAGACUCCAUUGAGCAAAACAAUUAAUCGGCAGGCCCUUGGUGAGCGUAAGCAGGCACUGCAAUGCUUUGUCUUGCCUCUUCCAUAUCAUGCUCCCUCUUCAUCCUGUUUUCAUUGGCCUCCAAUGCUGUCUCUAAAGAUGACCUUGUGGUGAACACCAGCAGUGGCCCUGUCAAGGGCAAAUCUCUCACAGUUGGCUCUGGCUUGGUGAGAGUUUAUCUUGGCAUUCCCUAUGCUGAGCCCCCCUUGGGGAAACUGCGAUUCAAGAAGCCUCUUCCACGUCAACCAUGGAGUCAAAUCUUUGAGGCCACUGACUUUGGCAAUGCCUGUCCCCAAUUACUUCUAACUGAAACACCUGAGCUAAAAAUGGGGAAUCCCAAUAGGCCUCUGUCAGAAGAUUGCCUCUUUCUCAACAUCUGGGUGCCUCAUACACAGCCCUCUGUACCAAUUCCCAUUCUUGUCUGGAUACAUGGAGGGGGAUUUGAUGCAGGUACAAGUUCCCUGGACUUGUACAAUGGAGCAACUUUAGCUGUGACUGAGAAUGUCAUUGUGACCUCCAUGAAUUACCACAUUGGGUCUUUGGGUUUCCUUUCCUUGCCACCAGCCAUACCAGGAAACAUGGGUCUGUGGGAUCAACAUCUGGCCCUGWCCUGGAUCAAGGAGAAUGCARCUGCCUUUGGUGGAGAUCCAAAGCGAGUGACAAUUUUUGGUCAUAGUGCUGGAGGAGCCUCUGUUGGCUUCCRUCUCCUUUCACCCAAAAGUGAGCCCCYUUUUKCSCAAGCUGUGCUYSAGAGUGGAGCWCCCAAUGCCAUCUGGGCUUGGRYAARYCCUGAGAMGRYMAAGAAUAAAUCCCWUGAACUUAGYCAGCUGCUGGGAUGUGGAGAAGGCAAUGAAAAUGAAAUUGUGAGUUGCCUUCAGAAAAAAGAUGCAGUGSAAUUUCCUCAGYRUGAARCAUCUMUGUCCCWGAAAAAUGAUUUUAUUUUKGAUUUCAUCUUUGUACCAACAACAGAUGGGGAAUUUUUGACUGAUGAUCCACAGAGACUUUUAGACUCUCMGYAUGUGCAGAUCAAACCWAUUCUCACUGGUGUCACCUCAGAUGAAGCGGCUUCCUUGGUGGCUUUUAUAUUUCCUGGAAACAAUCACAGCCUAAUCACUCAGGAACAAUUUCUAAAAACAUUGAGAAUUACAGUGCGAAAUGCAACUGAAGAAGAUAUUCAGGCUGUGGCCUUGAAGUACAGUAGAGAGAGUCAUGGCCCAGCAAAGUACCGUUCAGCCUUGGUGCAAUCUUCAAGUGAUUAUUUCUCUGUAUGUCCUGCAGCCGAAUUUGCUGCCCAGGUGAGAAAAGCUGGGAGUCCUGUGUAUGUUUACCUUUUCACACAUCACACCUCUGGCAUUGUCUGGCCUGAGUGGACAAAGGCAACUCAUGGAGCGGAACUUAUUUAUGUGUUUGGAAGCUUUAAAGCAGCAUUGAAGGCCAACAAAACACACACAGAAGCGGAAGCAACGCUCAGCCAUAGAAUAAUGCGAUAUUGGGCAGAGUUCGCCAGAACUGGGAAUCCCACAGGUUCAGAGAAGAAAGAAGUGGAGUGGCUGCCUUAUAAUGCUACACAACAGAACUUCUUCCAUCUUAGCACUGAGCCAGCUCAGGUUAUGCCAGUAUCGCCUGCUCGACACUGUGGUCUUUUUAAAACACGUGCUACAAAUAAAAGUGAGGCCAUGGAUAUUUCUGCGGGCCAUGAUGCUGAUGUUACAGCCCUGUUUGCUGGUGCCGGGCUCCCUUCCACUGGCAGGGGGGCUUUCCAAGGGAGGAAAUGAAUAUUGGUUUGUGACAGUGGAUCCCAACCUUCUUUGACCAGGGAUCACUUCAACCAGAGAUCACUCUCCAACAUUAGUACCAAAAGAGUUAUGAAUCGGUUUUUGGUCAACUUUAGGUUUGGUUUGGUUAUUAGGGGUGAUGAUUCAGAAAAUUGCAUUGUAUAAUUCACAUCAGCAGGAGAUACACAGAAACAAGACUAAUAUUUGAAACAUCAAAAUGUGUGUUGGCUCAGAACCCCCACAAUAAUGAAAAGCUCUAAGAGCUUCUUGUAAGGAACUGAAAAAUGUCCUCCUUAAAAUUCUCCUUCAAGUUCAUCUAACAGGGUGGCAACUCCUGCUACGGCUUGAAUUCUUUUAUCUUUUAUGUAUCAUAUCAUUUGGGGUGGUACCUAUCUGUAAAAUUGUUCCAGACUCACAAGCUGUUUCAACUCCUCAAAAGUAUUCACUUUAUUUCCUUCAAUCCACCUAAUCGACAGCCCAGUUGUGAAUAUGUUUCAUCUGCCUUGCGUUUUAUUCCUCUGGAGGCUUUUCGACUUUGUUGUGUUGUUAGCCCAAACCUUACUUUCACUCUUUCUAUAAACAAAUUAUAAUCAGAGAUCUGAUUAUACAAUGCUACUGUGAGGUAGAUUGGGAAUCGAUUGACUGGCUGAACCGAAAUAGUGCUCCCCAAUGGCUCCUACAUAUUCAUCCUGGAUGACAAAAUGACUGGAUGACAGAAUAAAAGGAAUCCUUGUUAAAUUUGCAGAUGACACCAAAUUGGGGGGGGGGGUAGUUAAUAAUUAAUAUAUCAGAGGACAGAAUCAGAAUAAAAAUAAUUUUAGCAGAUUAGAGAUCUGGGCCAAAACUAACAAAAUGAACAAUAUUUUUUUGAAUAAAUGUUUCAACAUAUAGAUGAAUGUAGGUUCAGGUCCAUGAAGAAUUCUUCAUAAGCUCAGACUAAAAC